GGUGACUUCAGGGUACAGCAGGUCUUACAUAUAAAAUAAGGGAUGUACUUAUGAACCAUUUGCGUGUGAACAAUGCUCCUCUCCAACAUCACAGACUCUAUGACAGGAGGAGUUCCCCUCUCGGUGAACUUCGACAGUCCUGAGGAUUAUUUCAUCUUUAUUUUCCAGAUUCUAUUCGCUACAACUACUGUUCUCUUAGCAGGAACAGUAGUCAUUGGUAUCUUGGCCACCAGAGCGCUUCGCCUCCAAAACAGAUUUAUUUUCAUGCUCAACACCAGUAUUUGUGAUACACUGGUUGGGUUUUCAGUUUAUUAUCUUGGUCUGUUUGAUGUUCAGGAGGGAUAUCCGUCUCGAAAUGGGACUUACAAUAUUUUACCCUCUCUUCUAGGGGUCAAUAUAUUGACAUUUUUGUUCGCACAGUUUGACCGCUACUUUGCUGUGUGCCAUCCUUUCAUCUACAGCCGCUUCAUAACAAGACAGUUUGUGAUAGGCAUCAACAUCUACUGCUGGGUUUAUAAUUUUGCACACUUGCUCGCCAGGAAUGUGUUGCCACUUUCCAAAGCAAUACAACUGUACGUGUUCAGCAUUGUCUUCUUCCAACUAAUCGUGCUCGCCAAGGUGGUCAUGACCAUCAAACUGUACGUCGUUGCCAGGUACCAGCUAGAGAGAGACCCUCCCAGCGCAGACAAAGACAGCAAGAAGGAGUCUUUGAGAAUUAUCAUUUUUGUUGUCAUAAGCUUCUUGGUGUUGUGGUGCCCCUCUUUUGUGAACAUCGUCAUCAGAUUUGUGGUAGGAGGAGGAUUGACGUUCAGGAACGAGGCCACCAAUAUUUUUGCCAUCAUGGCUCGUUUGAACGCUGUGUGCACACCGUCUGUGUAUAUAUGGGGGAGUCCGGCUCUGAGAGAAGCCACGAGUCGGCUCCUGUCCUGUGAAGUCAGGGAAAUAAGAAGAACCAGAGGACUUAAUUCUGCAAAUUAUUCUAAUCAACUGUGUGUUGUUUGUUUUUGUUCCCCCCCCUCUCUCAAUAAUUUGGAUUGAAACUUGGCAAUAUUUCCUACUCAAUAUUCUUCACUGGAUCUUACAAGGUGGUGCUAAUGUUUUAUCUGAGCCUGUAGCCGUUGAUACAGUGUCCUGAUACACGUAUUCCUAUUAAAUGUUAGACUAGUGCUGUAUAGUCUGAGAAUACUGGUAUACUUGGCUCCCUGUUUAUGCCAGAGAGAGCCCUGGACCUAAAUCUAAAAUAUAUAUAUAUAUAUAUUAUAAAAGAAAUGUCAAAUGCAGUGGAAAAUAUGCAAGUUUAAUUUAAAAAGUAAUUUAAUUUUGGCCAGAAAGCUCUACUGGUAAGUUUAUAUUGUCCAGAAUAACAUGUUGACACUUUGGUGUACUGGAGCAUUACGUUUUUUUUAAUCAAAGAUGUUUCCAUUGUGUUUCCAGACAUGAUAAAUGAUGUUAUUUUUUUACUUUGCUGUGAGCAGUGCAGCGCUGUGGUUCUGAACUGCAAUUAGGCCCAUUUUAAAACACAAGUCAAAGCAGUUUGAGCCGUUAUCCUGUGUAUUCUGUAAUGGUUCGGGGUUUUCUGGUUUUGACUUAAAAAUAGCUUAAUACUUCUAUGAGAACAGGUACUGAUCUGCUUUCAGAGAGGCAGAGCAAAUACAAUCAACAUUCCAUAACUGAUGAUCUAUUAAGUGUGAACGAAUCACACUUGUUGAUUGAUCAUUUGUUAGCGGUGAACAAGAAGAAUUCAUGAUACAUCCUCCAUUAAUACAUUAAAUUAUCACGAGUUACGCAUUAGUUAAGCAUUACUUCAACAUAUGAUUGUCAACAGGCUAUUAGAUAAUGCAGGAGCCUUUUAAGUCCACAAAUAAUUUCUGCAGAUAUAAAAGGCCACUUUAUUGCCACUGCAAUAAAACAUUGUUACUGAAAACAAUGCUAUUGCUAAUAUUCAGAUCUGUUAGGACUUUAUUGACUGUUUUUAUUCAAAAUGUUUAUUAUGAUUGUCCCUUUGUGACAGAAAAUAUAACUGAACAUCAACAUGACCAAAGAUAAUGUCUUUUAUAUUAUAAGGCAAUAUAAUCUGAAAUUAAACCAGUCUACAUUAACCAUAUAUCAAGUGAAAGACUAUACAGACCUUAAUAAACAUUUUCUGAUAUGAGUUUCUACUUUAAAUCUGGAAAAAAACAAUAAAUAAAUAAAUACAACAUA